GCAGCUAAGUUGACCUUUCUUUUUUCUUUGUUCUGACCUUAUGGUUUACUUUGUUUUUAUUUCUUUUUGUUCCAUUUAUCAUCUAGUUAAUAAACACAAGGAAUUGAAAGAUAUAAGGUUGGAAGUCUUCCGUAGUAGACAAUCUUCUUUCUCAAGCAUUUGUUGCGAAUUCUAUUAUUAGCACCGACUUGCAAUUUUCACAAAAUGAAUACCAGUUUUGCUUUUCUAAUCUGCUCCUUCUUUGCAGUCAUUGGCCACGCUAGUCUAUUGAGUGAACUGCCUGGUUGCGCAGCCACAUGCUUUGAGCAGUCACUUCCAAUAACCCAAUGUGCUUCGCAAGAUAUUGCAUGUCUCUGUGCAGAUACUAGGUUUCAGAGUGCAGUUCAGUUAUGUCUAGGCAAUGGAACUUGUACUCCAAAAGAAGCUCUAACGACAACUAAUGCCACAUACUCAGCCUGCGGCAUGCCAACCCACGAUAUCAGAGUGACAAUGAUAGGCGUUCCAGCCGCAUUUGGUAGUCUAGCAAUUAUUUUUGUGAUUACUCGUGUCUGUGCGCGUUUGUUUAUUAAUAAGUUCUUUGCGUGGGAUGAUCGCCUCAUUGUUGCUGCUCUGGUGUUUGCUUGUCCAUUGAACUUCUUAUUAUUUCCAAUGGCUAGAUCUGGAAUGGGUAGCGAUAUCUGGACGAUUCCAUUCGAUGAUCUUACUAUGACCUUGAAGCAACUUUAUUUCGCCGAGGUAUUUUACAUGAUCUCCGAAAUGUUUACCCAACUUUCCAUCGUGGCCUUCUAUCUACGCGUCUUUGACUCUCAACUCUUCCGAUAUUUCGCGUUUGGUAUUGGUGCAUUUGCCAUUUGCUUCGGUAUAUCAAAUGCCUUUUCAAUGAUCUUCCAGUGCACUCCUAUUUCCUUUUUCUGGGACGGCUGGACUGGCGAAUACGCCGGCAAAUGCAUCAAUAUCAACACCUUCUCAUGGAUCCGUGCAGCUAUCGAAAUUAUUAUUGAUGUAGCAAUUAUCUCGCUGCCGAUUCCGUUAUUGCUAGGGUUGAAAUUAACCUGGAACAAGAAGCUCCAGAUUUUAUCUAUGUUUUCUAUUGGAUUCUUGAUCACCCUUGUCAGUAUAUUACGUCUCGAAUCUCUUGUCCGGUUCUCCAAAUCUACCAACACAACAUAUGACAACGCGCCGGCUGUGUACUGGUCUGUCCUCGAAUGCGAUAUCGCUAUUGUUUGUGCUUGCAUGCCUUCACUCCGCAUCAUUCUCGGCGCCAUUUUCCCCCAGUACUUUGGCAGCAGGUUUAACUCGGAAGCCUAUAGCCGUUCACGGGGAAACAAAAAUAACAACAAUGACUCCCGGCGCAGCGGUGUCCCCGUGGGCACUUGUUCUCCCUCAUUAGAUCCAGAAGCAGACCCUAUUAACAAGAAUAUUGCGUCGUGGGGUGUUUCUCAGACGGUUGGCGCUGAAGAUCGGUCGCGUACCCCCAGUCCGGUUGAGAUGAGUACCAUUGAAGGGGGCAAGGCAUGAGCGGGUGUUUUUUUUUUCGAAUGACGAUUUAUUUUGAGCCCAUUUUUCAGUCUCCGAAUGGGGAAGGUGUGCCCAUAUGCUUCCAGAUAUUGGAUGGUCAGGGAGUAUGGGAGGGUAAUAUCUUAUAUU